GCCAUCAAAACCCCACGGUGAAUCGGAAAGGCCGGGGGGCGCAUUUUGAUUUGGUGGCAGCACCCCGCCCCCGCAGCCCACGUAGCAGGUGGCCGGACGCGCUCCGGAGCCCUCAUCCCCAUCCGUCCUCGGGGCUCGGCCGGCGCCGGGUCAUCAAGCUCACCUGCGCGCCCACGGAGGUGCGCGUCCGCGAACCCCGCGGCUGGCUCCACGCCCCCUCCCCCUGUCUUUAUUUUCCGGGCCUCAACCGUCAGUCUCGCACUGCUCUCCCGGGAACGAGCACGUCCAGCGGGCCCGUCUCGGAACAAACGAGGCCCCUGAGAGCUCCACCUAGUUCACAGGAUAAAACCCCGCAGCAACAGCAGCAGCAGAACUCGGAGUCAGCAAUGGCUAAACCCCAGGUGGUGGUAGCUCCUGUAUUAAUGUCUAAGCUGUCUGCCAAUGCACCUGAAUUUUACCCAUCAGGUUAUUCUUCUAAUUAUACAGAAUCCUAUGAGGAUGGUUGUGAGGAUUAUCCCACUCUAUCAGAAUAUGUUCAGGAUUUUUUGAAUCAUCUUACAGAGCAGCCUGGCAGUUUUGAAACUGAAAUUGAGCAGUUUGCGGAGACCCUGAAUGGUUGGGUUACAACAGAUGAUGCUUUGCAAGAACUUGUAGAACUUAUCUAUCAACAGGCCACGUCUAUCCCAAAUUUCUCUUAUAUGGGAGCUCGCCUGUGUAAUUACCUGUCCCAUCAUCUGACAAUUAGCCCACAGAGUGGCAACUUCCGCCAAUUGCUACUUCAAAGAUGUCGGACAGAAUAUGAAGUUAAAGACCAAGCUGCAAAAGGGGAUGAAGUGACUCGAAAACGAUUCCAUGCAUUUGUACUGUUUCUGGAGAUCAAGGGAACAAAUGGACAGGUUACAAGAGCAGAUAUUCUUCAGGUUGGUCUUCGGGAGUUGCUGAAUGCCCUUUUUUCUAAUCCUAUGGAUGACAAUUUAAUUUGUGCAGUAAAAUUACUGAAGUUGACAGGGUCAGUUUUAGAAGAUGCCUGGAAGGAGAAAGGAAAGAAUGAUAUGGAAGAAAUUAUUCAGAGAAUUGAAAAUGUUGUCCUAGAUGCAAAUUGCAGCAGAGAUGUAAAGCAGAUGCUAUUGAAGCUUGUAGAACUCCGUUCAAGUAAUUGGGGUAGAGUUCAUGCCACCUCAACUUACAGAGAAGCAACACCUGAAAAUGAUCCCAAUUAUUUUAUGAAUGAACCAACAUUUUAUACAUCUGAUGGUGUUCCUUUCACUGCAGCUGAUCCAGAUUACCAAGAGAAAUACCAGGAAUUACUUGAAAGAGAAGAUUUUUUUCCAGAUUAUGAGGAAAAUGGAACAGAUUUAUCAGGGGCUGGUGAUCCAUACUUGGAUGAUAUUGACGAUGAGAUGGACCCAGAAAUAGAAGAAGCUUAUGAAAAGUUUUGUUUGGAAUCAGAGCGUAAGCGAAAACAAUAAAGCUGAAUUUCAGCAUAUCGGUUUUAUAAAGCAGUUUAGGUUAUGGUGUUUAGCAGAACACAGGAAAGCAAGAAAAUUUGUCACACUUAUAUACCAAAUUAAGGAUGUUGAGUUAUGUUACUAAUGUAUACAACGUUAAUUUUUGUUUAACACUAUCUGCCAAAAUAAACUUUAUUCCCUAUAACUUAAUGUGUAUAUAUAUAUAAUAGUUUAUUAUGUACAGUUAAUUCCACUGUUUUGGCUGCAAUAAAGUCAAUUUUGAAAUAAAUGAAAUGUUGAAAGUAAAUUUUGCUAGCUGAUUAGAAGCUUAUCCUUUAAAUUCUACUUUUCUUAAAGGAAAAAGUUGUAGGCUGGAAAAACACAUUAACUGCAAAAAAUGUAGCACCCUUUAUCCUUUCUUAAAUGAGUAUUAAUAGCUUUCAUUUAGUUUGACAUUCAGUGUUUCAGUGAAUUGCGUUUCAAAUAUGAAUCACAAUCAUGAAAAUCUUUAGCGCUAAAGUCUUAGAAUAUAUUGUUAACCACUGUUUUCCAUAUCCAGAUGCUAUUUGAUACCAAGGGCUUUUAAAAAUGUCAUUUAAAAAAAGAUUUGGAACUUUCAAGUAAGGUUCUCCACUGAGGACUUGAUGCAAUUUUAGAAUGUUUUCUUCUUACCUAACUUCAUUACCCUAAAGCCUAGAACAUUAUUCUGCUUUAUUUAUAUAGCUUUCUCAUUUUUAUUUUGUAGCAUGAGUUGCAUUGACUUUUUUACUAGAGAAUUUUACUAGAUCUUUGUCACUCAAGUUUUCAUCUGCUUUAUAAUUGAUAGACCUUGAGGAUCACUUUUCUAAUACUUUUACUAUAAUGUGGUACCACCUCUGCCCUAGUUAAGUAGUAUUUUUACAUAAUGUCCGAUCUUUUUCCAACUAACUAAAACUAUAUACAAAAGGGUUGGUUGUAAAUAUGCAUGUAAAUAGUUCUGUUAAUAACCCACUGUUUACAUUUGGUACAUCUGUGUCUGCUACAAUUAGCUUUCUCACUUUUCUGCUUGUUUGUUCAGUCUGGAUUAAAGUUAGACUUUGAAAAUAAAAUUCAAAU